AGAGAGGGAGGGCAAUGUGAUUCAAGAAAUUGGCUAUGGAGGCGGAGAAUUCAAUAACGGCAGACAACAACUACCCACUCCAAGAAGAUCCCAUUCCAUGGUGGUUGUGCUAGUAGAGCAGUAGUAGACACCCCACCCCACCCCACCCCCACCCCGCCACCCCACCAUUACUCCCUUUCUUUAUUUAUUCGCGGAAGAAAGCAACUAUGUCUUCGUUGACCGCCAGAUGCAUUGCUCUUCAAAAACCCCUCUCUGCCUCCCUCUUCCUCCAUCGCUCCUCCACUUUCACUCUCAAAUCCCUACUUUUUAGAUCCGAUUCCAGAUCUCGACUUAGGAGCUUCUGCGCCUCCACCGUUUCCACAAUGGGUGCCGUCGUCGACGAUUCCACCAUGGACGCCGUCCAGAGGCGCCUCAUGUUCGAGGACGAAUGUAUAUUAGUCGAUGAGAAGGACCAUGUCGUCGGCCACGACACAAAAUAUAACUGCCAUCUGAUGGAGAAGAUCGAGGCUGAAAAUUUGUUGCAUAGAGCUUUCAGCGUCUUUCUGUUCAACCCGAAAUUCGAGUUGUUGCUGCAGCAACGAUCUGCGACGAAGGUGACCUUUCCUCUAGUGUGGACGAACACCUGCUGCAGUCACCCACUGUACCGGGAAUCCGAGCUUAUCGAAGAAAAUGCACUCGGGGUGAGAAACGCGGCCCAAAGAAAACUGCUGGAUGAACUCGGCAUCCCCGCCGAAGACGUCCCCGUCGAUCAAUUCACUCCUCUAGGCCGUAUGCUGUACAAAGCGCCGUCCGACGGAAAAUGGGGAGAGCACGAAUUGGAUUACCUUCUGUUCAUCGUGCGGGACGUCCGGGUGAUGCCGAACCCGGACGAGGUAGCUGACGUGAAAUACGUGAACCGAGAUGAGCUGAAAGAGCUUUUGAGAAAGGCGGACGCGGGCGAGGGGGGAUUGAAGCUGUCGCCGUGGUUCAGGCUGGUCGUCGACAACUUCUUGUUCAAGUGGUGGGAUCAUGUUGAGAAAGGGACGCUCCAAGAAACGGCCGACAUGAAGACUAUCCACAAGUUGACUUAAGCCCGGACGAGGUUAGUUUUAAGUUUUCGCGAGAUCAAUCAAUAAAAAGCGCGGCCCGGCCCGGACCCGAUUAAUAAAUCGCGAAAAAUGAUUGUCUUUGUGUUCGUGUGUGUGUGUGUUUUGAUCAUCAUCAUCUAUAUGGCUUAUUUUGGUGAUGGAAUGGUGUUUUUGGGUGAGGGGAGGGAUUGAGUUUUAUGGUGUUUUUAGGGUGUGGUUUUGUUGGGUGUGUUUUGGCUGAAUGUAACUUUGUUAUGUGCCCCUUUGUAAGGCCUUCUUAUGAAUUAGCAUUCUUUA